GUAAUUUCUGAAAAUAGAAACGAACGUUCGCAAACGUUCCGAGAACUGAGCUGGCACGUUUCAGACCGGUUGCAUCAGGAUCACGAGGGCGGAUGAGUCAUGGUCACGUGAAUAGGACUUUCCCGUGACACCUACGCAUUAGAAACGACACUGACGUCACAAACUUGGCUGAGUGCCAAGUAAAUAACCUGGUCAUGAUACAGAACGAUUUUGUCAUCAAUAACAAAUGCUACCUAAUCCGAUACAGUGACGUUUGUUAAUCAACAUGAUGGUGCACCAGUAUUAUUUACAGAGGUUGCAUUUAAUAAAUGUGAAUUAUUUUAAUUGUGAAAAUAUUUUCAUGCAGAUUUGCGUCACUCUGCAGUGUUGGCUGAGAGCCAAGGAAUGUGAACUAGUCAGGUCCGAGAACCAUUCAGAACGGUUCUCGUACGUCACGUGAUUUGGUUAAUCGACCCGAGUCCCGUGAUUCUGACGCAACCGGUCUGAAAUAGUUUGGGCCGGUCCAGAACCGGUCACGAGAACGUUCCGGAACGGUUUGAUUCUAUUCAUAGCAGUUGACAUCACUGACUUUCCUGGUAUAUAAACCCCUAGUUUUAGUAACAGAAUCACUCUACCGGCCAGCGCUACACAGCUAUACUGAAGUUACCUCGCCAGCUGCUGUUAUACAAGGACUCAAGUGUCGUCUGCUGAACAAAUAAGACCGUUCUAUAAAGUGAAUACCGAUUGCUAAAAGUGAGAAUCAUUGAGUUCUACCUCUGCUGUACAACAUAUCCUGACCAGAGAAAUCUCAAGAUGCAAUCCUUGGUAAUAAAGAUGAUUUAUGAGCGGCAGGGCAGCGAGACUACCGAAGUUCGACGUUUCACUGUUCCGAGUGACACCGCCCAGAGUUACACCUUCAUCAACGAGAAGGUGAUGCAGGUGUUCCCACACCUUGAAGCGGACACGUUCAAACUGUGUUGGACAGAUGCAGACGGAGAUUUAGUAACUUUCUCCUCACAAGAAGAGCUCGAAGAUGCUCUCAGCAGUGCCCGUGAUUCUGUUAUGAAAAUCGUUGUCCGAGAACACGAUGUGGCUAAUAUAGCCGAAGGAGUUACGUCCCUUGAAACGAAUGCCGUUCGGAGAUUGGCGUUUGAGAAUGAAGCUGGCUUUGGAGGACGCCGUAUGAUGAAAAUGGAGGGCGUCCAGCCCCGUCACUUCAGACGUUUGGCGAGAUGGACCGGGAAAGGUCCACGAUGGGAACGGAUAGAUGAUGUUGAACGAGCCCCUGAUGGCGACGUCAAUGCCAUGAUAACCCUGCCUAAAGAACAAGUCAGGCGAAACUGCAACCAUACAGACAAAUCCGGACAUGAUGUCUGUAGAAACGGUCGCCGAUGGAAUCUGCAUGCAUCCUCGAGAGCCAAUGGUGCUGAAGGUUGCACUGUGAACGGCUGGCGUCACCGGAGACAUCAGCGUAGGUCAGAUCCUACAGCAGAUGAAGAUACAGCUUCGGACGAUGUAAUCCCGAGGCGCGUCUGCUGGAGACGAUGGAGACGACAGAGAGAACUGGAUGGGCUCUCUCAGCGUGAUGGCAAUGAAAGUCAUGGUACGUCUCCAGCUAGACCUUGUGAAGGGCGUUGGAGAAGGCAGUUGAUGCAAGGAGAAUGUCACCUGCAGCAGCAGAAUGCCAUUGGUGAAACGUCUCCUUUGAAAUCCUGUGGACAACGUUGGAGAAGAUCCAUGAUGCGGGAAGAUGCUCGCGUCCAACGUGAUGAAACGACCAGGAAAUGUGGGGGUCCUUGGAGAAGGCGAAUGAUGCAAGAGGCUCGCCUCCAUCGAGAUGCCAAUGUAAGCAAAUGCCCGAAACCUUGGAGAAGACGGGCGAUGCAAGGAGAUGGUACCACAGAAGAAGAUCUCUCUCUGAGCCCACACUGGAGAUCAAUGCAAGCAAGCCCGGCUUCAAGAUAUGCAAUGGGUACGAAAGGCAUCACUGAGCAAUACCAUGGAUGUCUCGGUACCAGGAAAUCCUUCCUUGCUGGUUGUGAAGGAUUUCAAGCAGCCCGUUAUGAUGGAGCAAGUCCACAGCGACCAGAUCGAUGCCACAGAGGUCAACGAGAGGCCAGUCGAAAGAGGUGGUGCCCGUCAAAUGGGGCAGAUUUUAGAAGAUGGUCCAGGCGAAAUGAAAUUACUGAAGAUGAACGCUGUCCCAAUGGCCACUUCGCUGAUGGCAGCUUUGUUAGCUGUCAGCGCCGUCGUGAUCGUUGCAUGAGCUUCCCGAGAAACAUGCCUGGAUGCAACCGCACAAAUGAGGAAAGAUGUCUGAAAAAAUGUGUGAGGUUUUGCGAUGAUGAAACUGAGUCACACGAUAACAGCUCCAGUGACCCAGUCCAGCGUGGAAGCAAAUGGCAGAGAGCAUGCCCACGCAACAUCAGACGGCGCUUUCGUCUCCAGAUGAUGAUGGGGGAAACAUCCAACUUCAAAUCCUCAGAAGAAGAAUCUUGUGGAGUCGUAUUCAACAGGUUUCCCAGGAAGACCCUUUCUAACUACUACGGCCACAACCGAAGGUAUGGGAAAUGUGAUCAGAUGAAUCAAGGGAUGCCGAAAUGCAAUGGCGGGUAUAACAUGCAGAGAGACAGAAUGAACAUGAACCAUAGAAGGGGACCAACGUUUCAAAUUCAUCGUCUUCGUACCGUAAGGCGCAUGCGCCGCUUGCGAUACCUCAUGGGCCUUAACAGACUUCAGAAACACCAACGUUCAGGAAAGCAGGGGCAGAGACGAAGACCUGUCCUUCGUCUUCAUCUACGUGGAACUGGAUCCACAGUUGGAGGAGUCUGUGGGGUUAGAGGUCACCGAGGUACCUACCUCUUUGGAAUGGGCACUCAUCUGGCAGACACAGUUCCAACAUGUCCUGCUUCAUACUCUGACAAAUUCAGUAUUGGUUACAACAGCACAAACAGCAGUAAACAUGAGAAGAAGAUCGCGUGUCCGGCCAUGGGCAAAUCCUGGGGUUGUCAUAAGGCUUGCUACAGAGAAUUUGGGAGAAUGAUGCGCAGCAACUCUGGAAAGAAUGAAGGGAGGAUGACCUGUCAAAAGAAGGACGUCUGUAACGACCCUGAAGACGCUGGGACACAAACACCUUAUAAGCUCCCUUUCCAUGAAAAGAGGAGACACUUCCUGAUGAAAAGAAUCCUCCAGAAAGAAAGAAGGCUGUUCCGUACGAGAAAGCUGCUUGCCAGCCGCUGUGGACACGGGCGGUGGUCAAACAGACCCGUGAUGAUGAUGACGUGGAGAGGCAGGCCAAGCACCUGUGUCCACGGUGGUCCCAGGGUAUUGAGCGUGGCCUAACUGUGAGGGUGUCCAUUCCUUUCCACUUGUCUACAGUUACAAAGUGAAAGAAAUCUUUGUCAAUGAGUGAUGAUUUUAGAUGUUUAGGAAUCCAUUACAUAUAUACGGUGUCCAUUAUAUAAGGGUUCAGCUGCUGUACCAUAUACUGCCCAUUACGUGUCGUUUGUUACUGUAUCAUACGUUGUCCAUCAUAUAGGGUUUAGGAAGGACUUUAUAUAUAAUUUGCGUUGUCCAUUUAAUGCAGAUUUAGUCACAUUAAGUUAUUGUCUUUGUCUAAGUAUUUGUGGAAACAAUUAGCUGUAUCGGGUGAUAUAGAAAGGGAAAUGUUGAUCGAGAGUGAUUUCGUGGAAGUUCCACUACUUUGACAUAACUAAAUUAUUUACCCAUAUAUUGUUAUUAUGUGUUUCCUAUAAAUUUGAGAUUAUGAUAAUGCAUAUGCAUAUGUUUCCAUAGUUUUAGGUUUGUAAUGGUUUUCUUACAAUUUGUGUUUCAAAUAUUAUUCACAGGUCAGGUUGGGUUAAACAAACAGAUGAUUAUUCUGAUAGACAAAUAUAUAUUGUUCAUGUCAAUAAAAUGUUGUGAAGUGUCA